AUGGAUUUACAAUGCUACAAUGAGGUUGCAGCUUUGUUUAUGCUUCUAAGAUUUGAUUUAUUCAUAAUAUAUUCUAAACUGAGCAAAAAUUUUGCAGCUUUGGGUUCUCUUAACAAACUUAUUGAAGGAUGUGGAACAUCAAUAACACCAGCACAUGAAAAAAUUGCUGUGGUUGAUGAACAAUGGAUUGUUCAUCAAACAAUUCCUACUCUUGGUGAACGAGGAGAAUAUGAUCAUGGAAAAGACAAAUAUGAUGCGAAAGCUUUUAUAAUUGGCGAGGAACAUCGUGCCUUUGUAUAUAGAGAAGAUGGAAAGUUGCACAGGGCAUUCAGAACAAAAAUGGCGAGGUCAUAUCUAAAAGAUACCCAACAUAUGACUGCAAAGUUUCAGAAAGUUAGUGAUGAGAAUCGAGAAAGAGCGUUAAAUCCUCAACAUCCCUAUAUAAAGUCACGUUUAGGGUGUGCUCGUCUUGAAGCUGAUAUGGUAGAAGAGUCAGAAGUUGGUGAGAUAAACCGUAGUCAAGUGUGGAAGGCUGCCCGCGUCAAUAAGAGCGGGGUGAUUGAUAAUGAGAAUGUUCAAAGAGUUGUGGAUCAAUGUGAGAAGUUAACAGAAGCUCUAUCUGAAGAAGAGAGACAAGACCUUGGUCCCACAAACAUACUAUUUGAGGCUCUUAAUCUCCCAAACUACUCUGGACGUGUUAGGACUUAUGGUUUUGGGUGCAUCUAUUAUCACUGUAUUUUCCAGGUAUUUGUAUGA